AUGGAUGCCACGGCCGGGCGGCUUCUGCAGCAUCAGCUGCUUUCUGAGGAGCAUGACAAGGUGCCCAAUGACGUGGUGGUGGCGGACUCGCCGACCGCUACCGCGAGUCUCGAAGGUGUGCAGCAGCAGCUGACCUCGCUGGACAGUUUGCUGCGGAGUGUCUACGAGCGACAAGACCAGUGGUCUGUGGCCAUUUCUGCCCACAUUGCUCGCCUGGAGCGACAGGUAGGCAAGCUGCAUCGUCAGGGGGUCAAAGGCGCGAAGACGCGAUGCAAGGUGAGGAGAAAGCGCUUUUCCACAUCUUCCGCGAAGAAUCAGAAGGUCCUGGAGCUGCUGCCUCCAAUGCCAUGCAUCGAGCAAGAUGACCCUGCGCAGCGGCCGGCUGGAAGCUGCGCCUACUUUCGGAUGGAUGCGGAAGACGCGGAGUGCGACGAGGAGCCGCUGGAGGAUGUGACGCCGGCUACCAGCGACGUCCUGGUCGCUGUGUCGCUGUGCGGGCGUGGCCCUAGGGCAGAUGAAGGCGUCACGCGUGCGCAGGGCACGUCGGAGGCCGCGGAAGACACCGUGGUCCUUCGCGCGCUCCCGCACGAUCCUCAGCCUCAGGGAAUGUCUGAAACCUGUGAUGCCGACCGCUUACUUGAAGAGCGUGCAUGGAGGUGGUUGGAAUCUGAGACACUGCGCCGUCAGCUGCAGAUGCCAACUUUCCGAAGUCAGGACUCAGCUGGUCGAGAUUCCGAUCCUGGCAUCGAUGCGUCUUCGGAGGGGUCUGGGACGAUGCCGGCCUGCGCGUCCAUGAGUGUCGAGGUUCCGGACCUAUCCGACCGCUUGUGGCUUGUGUUGACAUUGCCGAGUCUGUUGCAGCACCUAGCCCUGGACGACAUCAUCGGGUGGCGUCAAAUAUGCCGCCAGACCAGGAGUCCCAGGGUCUUGAUACGGCACCUGGCCGAAAUGGGACGGUUGGACCGGUCCUUGUCCAUUUGCGAGUUCUCGAGAGACGCUUCUCAUGCCCGACAAGCCCCUGAUGAAGAAUUUGCACGCAGUCGGCUCAAGCUCUUCAGGCGCCUCCUGACGAGUAUUGCCUCAGCCAGGUCCACGUCAAAGGGUCUCUUUGCCGAGCGUCAGAAGUGGGUGUCCCUGCUGGUCAGAGUCCUCGAAGGUCAGAACCCACACCGGGAGGCCUUGAUUCAUGACCUCGAGAUCCUGUGGCGAGCUGAUGACGACCCCAGGCGGAGCUACGCAGAAGCCGAACAACAGCUGAGGGCUUUCUCGCAGCACCUCAGCCGAGGCGCCUGGCAUACGUUUUGGGCUGAAGUCUGA